CUGUCAACAGGGAAAGCCUCCUCUCACUUCCGGUGUUUUUCGCCUCCGCGCCUCUGGGUGGCAGUGUGGUUUUUAGAGUACCACAAAUUAAACAAAACACUGCUGGAAAAAACAUUCAACACACAGAUGCGCACCGCUGGUUUGGAUUUGCACGUAACAUUGCGAAAUAUGAUUCGCCCCCCUGUUCCGACUUAGUUCCAAUGUAGCCACAAUCCAGACUGGUCACCAUGGAAACCAGGCGUGUGAUACAUUUAUGACAGACUGGAAAGUUACAUGUCAACAAACUACUUCAAAAGGGAAGACUUUUCUGAGGUAAUGGAGUUUCCCCAGCAUUCCCAGCAGCUGCUCUCUGCUCUUCGCUCUCAGCGCCAACGGGGCUUCUUAUGUGAUUGCACCGUCCUCGUGGGCUCCAGCCGUUUCCUGGCGCACCGAGCCGUUUUGGCGUCAUGCUCACCUUUUUUCCACAUGUUCUACUCAGACUCUCCUGGGGGAAAUGGCAGCAGUGCCAGCUGUGUCACACUCGACAACGACAUUGUCACAUCUCCCGCAUUCGGCUUGCUUCUCGACUUUGUCUAUGAAGGCGUACUCCAGCUGGAUGAGUCUCCUCCAGUGGAGGACGUUCUAGCUGCUGCAAGCUUCCUCCACAUGAACGAAGUGGUGAGAGUUUGUAAGAAACGACUGCAGAGGCGAGGGCCCCUGGCUGAAGCAGACAGCACUCGCUCAGAGGAGGACAGCAAGCUGAAAAAGGCAAACGAGACAGGAACAGAGGGGAGCUAUGGUGCAGAGCCCUUGGUGGCCAAUGCAGCUAAUCAUUCGUAUUCAGUCACCUUAGCUGCUCCGCAGUUAUCAGACUUCCAAGCAGGGCAGAAUCAAGUGGACCCUAUAAAGUCAAAGAAGAGGACCACUGGGGGUUCAUCAGAGGUACGAGUUCAGACUCCUCUGAGCCCUGACCUCGCUGAUACCACUCAGCCUGGCAUGGGGGUCUCUCGUCCGCCCUCAAGUAGGGAGCUGGUGCAGCCUCUCUUAGCAGACCAGUCUGCUCCCAUUCACACUGCGGGAACAGGGAAUCAAGUGCAAGGAUUGGUUCUGUCCAGUCCCUGCAGCAGCACAGAGAUGCAUAGCUGCAACCUGCCCACCUCCUCUUCCUCACGGGUCACAGUGAACCAGGUUGCCAUUCGCUCUGUUGCUUCUCUCAGCCUGCCGGAGCCCUGCCUUUCUGCCACUUUGCCCCCAGAAGAAUCGCAGCUGCCCCAGGAGAACACCACCGAGGAUCUAUCUGAGACGGACAGCAGAGACCCACUGGGCCGAGGUCAGCAGAUGAUCAUGUUGAUCCAAGGACCAGCUCUGACUUCAGAUGUGCAGAGAAACCCAAGACAUUCUGCGCUGCAGCGUGCCCCUCCCCAAAUCCAAAUCCAGAGCGCCGUGUCCCUCCAGGACUCCGAUUCUCAGCUUGCUCCUGAGAUUCAAACACUUCAACAAUUAGAGAAGGACACCAGAGCAUCACUCACCAGAAAAGAAAGAUCUUACUUCCCUACGCAUGGUACAAGGACAAACAGGGGAGGAGAUGUUAAAGUAAAAGUGGAAGCUAUAGUUAUUUCCGAUGAAGAGCUAGAGGAGGAGGGAGAUGAAAGCAGGGAGAGGGAGCCGGUGACAGAUGAGGAGCUAGAAUCUGAGGAUGAAAUCCAGGAGGAGGAGCUGAACAGCCCCCAGUUUGUGUCUUCCCAUCAACAGGACAGCAUACCGGCCACCUCCUGCGCAAAUAACUUCUCCAUUCCUCUCUCCCCGUCUUCCUCCUCCUCUGGUCCCAGACCUUUUUCUCAAGACAACACCUCCCUGACAGCUUCUCUAAGCCCUUUGGCCGCAUCUAACCAGCAUUCGGACACUCCUGCUUAUUUCCAGGACCUCCAGGACUCCAUGGGGAACUUUGUGGAAGACGUUCCAACAUGCGUAGUCUGCGGAAAGACUUUUUCAUGCACAUACACUCUGAGGCGCCACGCCAUCGUGCAUACGCGGGAGCGUCCGUACGAGUGUCGCUAUUGCUACCGGAGCUACACACAGUCAGGCGACUUGUACCGGCACAUUCGUAAAGCUCACGACCAGACACUGCCCGCCAAACGCUCUAAGGCCGACGCUGAGCUGUCCCUGCAGCCACAGCCCCCACCUCCUCUCAGCUAAUACACACACCCUCUAAUGUCUGUCAUCUCAUGCAGCUAACUCCAUAUCUCAGUGUGGAGAAAUACUUUUCAACCUGAAGAAACACUUGAAGAAGGUUUAUUUUUGAAAAAAAAAAUCAUUUAAAAUGUUUUUUUAAGUACUAAAAAACCACAAAAAAGCCUAAACAUGAUUAUCUUUAGGAACACAAACCAAAAUAUCUAUUACAUUUAGAUUGGUAUCUGAUAAUACAUUUUUGCAACUACAAAAAGGUUGUUUAAUAGGAAAAUUUGGGGUAAAAAGGCAAAACAGUGUUUAAUAAUAUUACCAUCUAAUUUAAUUCUGUUAAGCUUAUUUAUAAGGUGAUACAACUAGAAAAAAAAUUAAUUAUUGUUGAUUCUUAUCAGUACCUUUUUUCCAAAUAUCCUUUCAGAUUAUUCCAGGGAAGUCAAAUUAUUUGUUCUGUAUUUAAAUAAUAGCUUACAUAAAUGGCAAGCAUAUUCUGUUGAAGAAUUUUGAUAGCUUAUAGCUGCAGAAAUAAAAUAACCUUUACAAAUAAUGUAUAAUGUGUUCUUUUUCAAAAAGAGAAGGCAAAAAAACACCUUUAUUAUCCUGUUGACCCCAGCAGUCCACAUUUACAGCAGCAUUCUUUCAGUAAGGCCCAUCUCACAUCUAAGAUUACUAAAACAGAUAUACACUCAAUGAAUCCUGUCGUAAGUCUAUUUUUAUCAUGUACAGCAUAUGAUUAAACACUGCAGGCACUCUGGUUUUCUAAUCAUAUGAAAAUAAGCACAGAAAAACACUGAUCUGCACCUUUUUUAUCAUGUUAUUACACUAUACCUAAAUAUUUGAAUUCCAUCUGUCAGAACCCGAUGUGAUUCUUGUGCUGUUGUGUGAUUCUUUGUUAUAUUUUCAGAUGUAUUUUAUAGUUUAGGUUUGUAAUACACAAAAGGGUCUUUGUGGCUCACAAACAUUCUUAAAUGGAUGAUUCAAUGGUGAAACCAGUUAGAGGAUAAUGAGUUUGUCCUUUCAGUGUGAAUGUCUACCAAAUUAUCACUGAUUACAUUCCUUGUUGAACUGUUAAUUCUAUAAGAUGAAACAAAAACAACCGCCUAUUUACAAAUGAAUGCCUUGUAGUUUUUUAAUGAGGGAGUGAUGCAGGUUUAGGUUUCGAUCUAUCACGUGAUGUUUCAUCAUGGACCCAACUUGGGCCCUUAGACUUGUUUUUUUUUCAGUCCAAUGAGAUAUUAAUGUAAAAGACAUACUAAGACUUUUUUAUGUGCAGUGCAAUCGCUCAAAGAAAUCUUGAUUUUUAUGGAGUCAAGAUUGGGUUGCACGGUGGUGUAGUGGUUAGCACUCUUGUGAGAAGGCUCUAGUUAGAAUCCCAGCUGGGUUCUUUCUGUGUGGAGUUUCCAUGCUCUCUACAAGCAUGAAUGGGUUUUCUUCCUCCCACUGUCCAAAAAUGUGCUUCAUGGGUUAAUCAGUGACUCUUAAUUGCCUUCUAGGUGUGAAUGUGUUGCCUUGAAGUGGACUGGCCAACUGGUUCUUUCAUGUUUUGUCAUAAUGACUCCCCUCACAGUUUAGGUCAGGGGUCUGCACCCUUCAGCACUUAGAGCCAUUCGGGUUGAUUUUUUUACUGACUUUCUCCACAAAGUCUUACUUCACCCUUUGAAAAAAUAAGACAAGAUAUUGCUACUAUUAUGAUAAAUAUAACUGAGCUAUUGGGAUGAAUAAAACCUGAAAAAGAAAAUAGUCUUCCUUUAAAAUGUGAAAUAGUUCAUCACUUUUGACAGAGGUUAACAUGACAUUGUUUCAAAAUAAGACAUCCUGUGUCACAUGGGAUCAUCUCAAUGCAGCAAUUGUAGUGGUAGGUAGUGUGAUGUUUGCAGUGAUCUUAAAAAAUAAAUAAAUAUUUCCCCGUUUGUGGUGCAUGUCAGGCAGAAAUUUGUCAAUCCAGCUAACCAAAAUGACACCAAAGCAACUUAAGUGAACAUGGCCAUAUUUUUCUAACUAGAAGGUGCACUUAAAAUUCCUGAAUUUGU